GCCCGCCCUUUGACCCCGGCCGGCCGGUGAUGUCACCGGCCGGGCGCGUCAGCAGGAGGGAGAUGGCGGUUGUCGGUGUUUGCUGGUCGGGCGUCCUCUUGAUGGCCGCUGUUUUCCUGCUGACCCACUACGUGGUGAAACGCUGGACUCGGGACCGCUCCAGGCUUCCCGCCGGCCCGCGGCGCUGGCCCCUGGUCGGCUCGCUGCCAGGCCUGGGCUCGGAGGCUGGGCUCCCUCCGCAUCUGCUGCUCACCGCCCUGGGACAGGCGUAUGGCAGCGUCUCCAGCCUGUACCUGGGCAGCCGGCUCCUGGUGGUUCUCAAUGGGUUCGAGGUGGUCAGAGACGCACUGCAGCGCAAUGCCGACGUGUUCUCCGACAGGCCAACCAUUCCCCUGAUAACCAUCAUAACCCAGCGCAAAGGAAUAGUCUUUGCGCCAUAUGGUUUAGUCUGGAAGGAGCAAAGAAGAUUUUCCCUUUCAACUCUGAGACAUUUCGGUUUUGGGAAACUUGAUCUAGAGCCUAAAAUCCUAGAGGAACUGAAACUUGUGAAGUCAGAGCUUUUGAAAUCAGUGGGAACAGCCUUUUCUCCUUUUCAUGUCAUUAAUAAUGCUGUAUCUAAUAUCAUUUGCUCGAUGUGCCUUGGAAAACGGUUUGACUAUGAUGAUGAAGAAUUUAGAUCCAUUUUGCAUCUGAUUGCCCGAGGAAUGAAAUUAGCAUCAAACAGCCCUGCAAUGCUCAUCAAUGUAUUUCCUUUACUUCGGUAUUUACCUUUUGGCCCUUUCAAGGAGGUUGCCCAAACAGUAAAGGAUGUAACUUCAUUCCUGAAAAAAAUCAUUGCUGAGCACCGAGAAACUAUGAAUCCUGAAAACCCACGUGAUUUUGUUGAUUUUUAUCUAAAAGAGGUAGACCGUGAGAUACAAAGAAACCAAAAUACGAGCUUCAGUGAAGAUUAUUUAUUUUACAUAAUUGGUGACCUCUUUGUAGCAGGGACAGAUACAACAUCCAACACUUUGUUGUGGGCUAUUCUCAUAAUGGCAUUGUAUCCAGAAGUUCAAGAACAGGUUCAUAGAGAGAUCAAGGCUGUUAUCGGUGAGUCCAGAUCUCCUUCCUUCAAAGACAGACAUCAUAUGCCAUUCACAGAAGCAACAAUAAUGGAAGUUCAGCGGAUGACCACAGUUGUUCCACUAGCCAUUCCACAUAUGGCAUCAGAAACAGUUGACUUUAAAGGUUACACCAUUCCUAAGGGGAGUAUUGUGAUUGCAAAUCUAUGGUCCGUCCACAGAGAUCCAAGCAUGUGGGAGCAACCUGAUGAAUUUAAUCCUUCACGUUUUUUGGAUGCGGAUGGAAAUAUAGUAAAAAAUGAGGCAUUUAUGCCUUUUGGAAUAGGAAAAAGGAUCUGUAUGGGAGAGCAAAUGGCAAAGAUGGAACUGUUCCUCGUCUUCAGCAGCCUCCUGCAGUCAUUUUUCUUCAAACUUCCUGAAGCCAGUGAUGCACCAAACAUGACCGGUCGAUUUGGUCUCACACUGUCUCCACAUCCUUUUAAAAUCAUUCCAGUCAAGAGAUGAACUACUUAUUGGAACAGCCUACAGUCUUCCAAGGUUUAGCAUUUGCCACAAUGAAGGAAGGUGAUAUCUUUUCAGUACUUGCAUAUAUAUUACAUGCAUUAUAAUUUGCAUAAGAUGCCAAUCUCUAAUUUGUCUCUUUUAAUGGUACAGCGAUAAUUACUCUUCAGAUGUGUCAUGAAUGGCAAAUUAAUGAAUCAGUUACAGUCAACUUUAAAAAUUAUUAAGUUUCAUUCUUUGAACAUAUUUUUCUUCUUCUGCAGAAAUAGUUAAACAAGACCAUAAAAUUUCCUAUUUCUCAUGAUAUCUUGAUCUGACAUCUAUACUUGGAACAGACAAUACAUUCUUAAAGCAUUUAUUUUUACAUAUUUUACUUUUGAAGACUGCCUACAACUUACAAUGAACAAUGCAUAAAAACACAAUCAAGCACAAUUUUUUUGUUUUAUCGUCCACUGCUGAUUCAUGAAAAUCACAAGGCUGAAGUGAGUAGCAUAUUUCCUAUUGUAUUUACUGUUUGGUAUUUCAGUGAAGGAAAGAAAUGAAAGUGAAGAGACAAAUGCUAUAGACCUUUUUCACUUGAAAAAUUGCACUUUCUCUACUAAUUAAGUAGCUUUAUAAUCAUGGUUCAAGUUGUGUUUUUUUUAAAAUGCAGUUUAUACAUUAUGGACCUAGCUGAACUUUCUGUACGAAUUUCUGGUUUAAUAACGUGUGCAGGAUGUCAUGUUGGUAAAUAAACUAGACUGCAUGCAACUUG